AUGGGAUUCCUUCGGUGGCCAAAACCCAGUUCCACCACCAACUCAACCACCAGUUCCGUGGCUGAAACAAACUCACCACCCAACUGUUGCUGCCUAUCCAAACUCCUAAGAAAGCUAAAGAAACACAAGCGAAUGCUGCGGUCCACCAGCCGACAAGCAUCAUUCCAAUGCCGCUAUGACCCUCUCAGCUAUUCCCUAAACUUCGACACUGGUGGCUGUGGUAGCUUUUUGGAUGAAGACUAUUAUCAGUUUUGUGCUUUUUCAUCAAGGUUUGUUGCAACCCCAAGACAAGAAAUGACUGUCCAAGCCUAG